CAAAAACAGUAAAACGAAAAAGAAAAGCUUGUUGAAACAACUAAUAAAGGUAAAGCUUUGAAGUUCAAUUCAAUUCUUAUCAUGGUAUCCUCUCUAAGCUCGCGAUUGCUCGCUGGAAGCCGGGGAAGCAGUUCUGGUAACACAAGCCCACAAAACAAACGGACCGCAUCAGGAUCAAUGAAGACUAYUAGAAGUUCUAAUGACAAGAACGAAAGUAGCGUUAGUGGAUACUCAGCUGAUCGCGAAGGUCCUUCGUACCCUCCUGUUGUUUCCAUCAACCUUCAUUCGAAAUCAAAGUCAACGUUUCGAGGAGAAGCAUUGAAAUGCCCGAAACGUCGAAAAAAGRAUGAAAUACAGUUUGCAGCURUUACCGUGAAGGCUGAUCUGGCGCGGGCUGGCAAGGAAUUCAAAACGGUUAACAAGAAUCUGGAGCGUUCAACAAUCUUGAAGGAKAUGGAUAUCAAUCUAAAAGAUCAUGUGAAGCUAAUGCAUUCUAGUGACGUAAAGGGUUCUCUUGUUCUGCCUUCGGAUAUCGGGCAAAAGAGCACCAUUAGCGAUUACACGGGUCUCAUUAACGCAGUUAGUGAAUUUUACCCAUCUAAAUCACCCCGAAUGAGUGACAUCAAAUCAUUAGAAGGAGCAAUACCAGUAGCACAAAAUGCAUGGUCAGAACCAAGUACAAUGUCUGUCAGCGAUACCUUGAGUGAUUCUGGAAGUGAUAACACGAAUGGUUCUCUGCCACCUCUAUUAGAAGAUUCUCUUGACCAUAGCAGCAGGCAAGUUAAGAAGAAAGAAAAGAGAAAGUUGAAAACAGUCGACCCCUCCAAAAAUAUUUCUUCUAUAUCCAAUGCAAUAACAAUGGCAGAAAUUUUGCAACUCAGUAAAACAGCCAGGUAUGAAAUACGUGACUAUUUAUGCGCCUAAUUGUUAAUACCUUGGCUACCCUUCUUGUUGUCUAUUGCAUUUUAUUUCKAAAACAACGACACUCACCAACAAUGRCCUUUCUAUCCAUUGUAAUUGUAUAAACCUUAUCAUUACWUGCAACUCCCAUUCUUUAACAGAGUCGUAACAAGUUCAUCUGCUCCCUUUCCGGUCAUUCACGCAAAUGCAGCUUUCCACCGUUUAUCAGGCAAAAAGUCGACUUUGAUUGGGAAGCCAUUUUCUUCCUUGUUGGAACCUCAAGSUGAUUCUUCUGAAGAUAGUGAGACUMUUUUAUCCUUUGUGGCUUCCUCGAGUGAGGGUGAAGGGCACAAGUUGCACUUGUCACCAAUAAAUUCAGGCGCGGGCGCUUCGGAUGAACAGAAUGAACCCGUGAAAUGCACAGUCAGAGUUUCUCCCAUCUUYGAACAGAGGACACCAAUCAAUGAAACAGUAAGCGUUGAAUACUUUGUCUUCGAAUUUGUUUCGGAAGGCAAAGAAUUUGAUGAAACUGCUAUCACCAGUAAUGCUUCCGCUUCUUUUUCAAAUUUGAAAGCACCCAUGGGAGUCGUUGCGUAGGUAGAAGCCAGGGGGACUAGAAGGCUCGAUUUAUGGCACCGAUGAAUUCGAUCAUUCUGUGGUUUGUACAGUAUUUUACGAGCGUUUUCUUACAAUAAUCAAGGCGAGUUUUG